AUGGAGGAAGCGCAGCGGGUUGAUGAACCAGCGAGUGGGCCCGAUGACUUUGCCGGGGUGUCAGCUGCGAGCGACAAAUCACGACGGAGAAGAGGGAAGAGGAAAUAUCCGGAGAUACGGAAUUCAAGUGCCGAGGAGGAGCUGAAUACGUGCAGUUCAUCGACUGCUUUCGAGAGAAUGGAAGGCAAACGUCUCUUAUCGCCGUUUUGCGAUCUGCCUAAUGAACUUAUCAUCAUGAUCUGGUAA